GAGUCAGAGUGUGGGUACGAGGAGUGACAGUGCUGCUCUGCUGUUUCUCUACAGCCUGACAGAAAUGCUGGAUGUAGGAACUUCAAAAUAACUCUUGGAUUGCUGGUUUGCUCACACAAACUCCACAUGCGAGCCUAGGAGCAGAUUCAACGUGUUUGGAGGUGUUAAAGAAAAAAAGAAGAAGAAUCAGAUCAGCAGAGGAAGGAGGAAGUAAAGAGAAGAAGAGAGGCUGACUGGAAAGAAUGUACUCUUAGAGUUCACAGUGUGUUUUGUGAUUGUGUGUGUGUGUGUGUGUGAACGAGAGAAUGUGUGCGAGUGUGUCUGUGCGUGUGUAACCUUUCGGUCCGAUUUUGAAGAAAUGUCUUUGAGACUACCUCGCAACUGGGACUUCAGCACCUUCAGAGCUGAAACCGCCAAGAUAGCUCGCUCCAUGAGUGUUAUGCCAGGGGAAGGUAGCCCUGGAUCCACUCACACUGGUUUUAAGAGAUCCAUGGAGAAACCUCUGAAGACGGGUUGGCUGAAGAAGCAGAGAUCCAUCGUAAAGAACUGGCAGCUGCGCUUCUUUGUGCUGAGAGGAAACGUCCUUACAUACCAUAAAGAUGACAGAGAGAGUGCCGUCCAGGGAACUAUACCUUUGUUCUCAUGCCAAGUUAAUGAGCUACCAUCAAAUGCAGAUGAUAAAUUCCUGUUUGAGAUUAUCCCAGGUAGCAGUACAGAUCGGGAGCGGGAUGCCUAUGUUCUCAUGGCGACGAGUCAGAGCGAGAUAGAAGAGUGGGUGCGCUCCAUUCGCAAAGCCAUCGGAUCACGGUCCAAUGGAGUAUUUGGGAAGAGCCUUUCAGACAUCAUGGUAUAUGAGAAGAAAUUUGGGUCACGUCUGGUGCCCAUCCUGGUGGAGAAGUGUGCUGAAUUCAUCAGAGAGCAAGGUCUGAUUGAGGAGGGCAUCUUUCGCCUGCCAGGACAGGACAACCAGGUCAAACAGUUCAGAGAGGCCUUUGAUGCCGGAGAAAGACCCUCGUUCCCCAGUGACACUGAUGUCCACACGGUGGCGUCCUUACUUAAGUUGUACCUCAGAGAGCUUCCUGAACCUGUUGUGCCCUGGACUCAAUAUCAGGACUUCCUUGACAGCACUCUGAUGCUGGAUGCCGCCACUGCAGCUGGCAAAGAAAAGCUGGAGGAACAAAUCAGCCUUCUGCCAAAAGUGAACUACAACCUUCUGAGUUACAUCUGCAGAUUCCUUUUUGAGGUCCAACAGAACUCAAAGGUGAAUAAGAUGAGUGUUGAGAAUCUGGCCACAGUGAUGGGAGUGAACCUGUUCAAACCACAAGUGGAGGACGCCAUCAGUAUGAUGAAAGGAACUCCCAUGAUACAGAAGGUAAUGACGGUGAUGAUCAGACACCAUGGGCUGCUUUUCCCACUCUCUAAAGACAUGCUGCCAUCUCCUCUUCCGAGCAAGAAAAACAAAAGCAAGAAGAACAGUAACCCUCGCAGUUUUGUGGGCUGGGAGUCUGCAGAGUGUGAGGUGUCCUCCCUGUCUGAAUCUCCUGAGGAAGAGGAAAUGGACACACCUGAGGAAGAGAGGAAGGACCUGUGGUCAUCUGAGACAGGGUCAGAAGGCACAUCUAUUUCUCCUACCUCUCCAUUUUCAUCUACAACCGACAUGUGGCCCGACAGCCCCAGAAAAAGGACUCAAACUCUACCUAGCUUGGGCUGUCCGUCAGUGGGAAAAACAGUCCGCGAGCCUUCUUGGGAACACUGGAGCAGGUUCCAGGAGAGCUUUAACGAGAACGAAGAGAAAACAUUCUCAGAGGACAUCUUUAAGUUACUCGACCUGCAGAAAGUGACACUGUUUUCUGGAGGGCAGAAAAGUGAAAAGGAAAAAGUUGAAGGACAAAAGGACACAGAGAACACCGGCUUGCAUAAGACAGUUAGCGAUGUUGUAGACAAACAGAUAGAUGCUCUAAAAACACAGGCACUGAGCACAGCGUCCUUGCCCAAACCUUGGCCGAGCAACGAAGUGAGUGCGGCAGCUGUGAGCAGGGAGAAGCCAGCAGCACCUUCAGCACCAGCUCUCCAGAAAAGCAGUGCAGCUCAACCAGAAAACACUGACUCAAUGAACAUCAUCAACAGUUUCCAGCAGAAGAACAAAGAGCUGAGCGCUACAGUGACAGAGCUGCAGGCAGCACUUGAGGCAGAGCGACGCUGCAAAGCUGCGUUAGAGAUCUUACUACGCAAUGCAGAGCGCAGCAGGGACGAAGCACUCAUGCACAAUGAGCAGCUGAACAGAGAGAUUCAAGAAUUCCUCAGCAGACCGACUGCUGGACCGUCAUAGUGACACCAUCAAAUGAACAAAGUUCAAAAUAAGUCCUGUCUAGCUCCUUAGAGGAGUACAAAACAAGCAAUCUGGACAACUCCAUUGGGUUUUACAACAUGAACUGCUCUGAAUAAUGUCUUCAAAGUAAGACUAGUGGUAAUGUCCAUCUCUCAGAUUUUGUCUAUGAUGUGACAUAAGUAAAACCGCUACAGUAUAUGUACAGAAAUUACAGAUUUGAUCUACUUAUUGAGUUUCACAUUGGGAUUGUGAUCCGUAACAAGACAAUAUGUGAAUUUUGAAGCGAUUCAGUAUUGGACUAAACAUUUUACAGAUUUAUAAAGAAUAUUUAAUUACUUUCUGCUGAAAUGUUAUAGUAUUUUCUAAUGGAUCUCAAAAAAUAACUCCCCAACAAGAACUACAAAAAAAAGAGUUUUUAGGCACUUGACAGCUAGUCUGGCAGAGACUACCUUGAUCCAACUAAGGCCAGCUUGGUUUAAUCUAUUUUUUUUCAACAUGGAGAAGUCUUGCCCACCUUUAAUUAUUAAUGAUAAAUUUAAUAACUAUUGUGACAGAGGUUUAAUUAAAAUGAUUAUUGUUUAUGUGAUCACAAAACUGAGCUAGACUCCAUUAGAGUCUGUGAACAAUUUGGUGAAAAGGGCAAAAAACACAAAAUGUGGAUUGCUGUCAGUAAAUAAACAGUUUUUA